AUGUCUGCUCUCGAUAAACUUGAAUUUUCUGUUUUCAACGACAAUAAGUUCCCUAAAUCUAAAGAAAUUAAGGGUCCUUCUCCUUAUUGGGAUAAAAAAACAGAAGGUCCAUCUUACAUCAAGCCUGAAGAUCGCCAAAAACCUCUUGUUUCUUCUGGCAAGUUAGACAAGGGGUAUAGCACAGAAGAGGUUGAAUUGACUCCACUAUUAGGAUCGACUUACAAUGUAAAUGUGCGUUUGGUUGACCUUUUAAAAGAUGACGAUCUUAUUCGUGACCUUGCAAUCAAGAUUUCCCAACGUGGCGUGGUUGUUUUUAAAAAACAAGAUGAUCUUACUGUUGAGCAACAAAAAGAACUUGUUCAAAAGCUUGGAAUUCUUUCCGGUAAGCCUAAAGAAAACGGUCUUCAUAUUCAUCCUCUUGCACCUUCUGGUGGUGUUGUUGGAGAAAACGGUCUCGUUGAUCCUGAAAUUUCCUUCAUCUCAAGCAGAUUUGGUAACGAAUAUGCCAAGGAGCAACGUGAUUAUCCUACCGCUUACAAUUGGCAUUCCGAUAUUACAUUUGAACCUGUUCCUGCGGAUUAUUCUUCUUUAAGAUUAGUUGAGCUUCCUCCAACUGGUGGUGAUACUUUUUGGGCUAAUGGUUAUGCCCUUUACGAAAAGCUUUCUCCUUCUCUCCGUGCUUACUUUGAAACUCUCACAGGCACAUACUCUCAGCCCCGAUUUAACGAAUUUGGCAAAAAGAAGAACUUUGAACUUUAUUCUGAUAAGCGGGGAGCUGCCGAAAAUGUUGGCGACGAACUAAUUUCCACUCAUCCUGUUGUUCGCACCAACCCGGUUACUGGCUGGAAAUCCCUUUUCGCUAUUGGUAAUCACUUUACUAAGUUUAAUGAAGUCACCCCUCUUGAAUCUAAUCUCCUUAAAGAGUACUUGUGGAAUACUUUGGCCCAAUCUCACGACAUUCAGGUUAGACACAAGUGGGACAAAUAUGACAUUGCUAUUUGGGACAACAGAUCGACUUAUCAUGCAAUUAACAAGGAUGUCUUGUUUUACGACGACGACCUUGUUAGAAGUGGAAUUCGCACUGUUGGCAUUGCUGAGCGCCCUUAUUUGGACCCCAAUAGCACCACUCAGACUGAAGCUCUUAAGGAGAAAAAGUCUGAAGAGAAGUAG